AUGGAGACUGCAGAGAUGCUGAGCGAUUCUAAUACUUCCAUCAAGCUGACAAAGUUGGAGCUGCUGGAGGAGUUGAACCUUAGUGGGAAUAAGCUAAAGACAAUCCCCUCCACUGUGGCCAACUGCAAGAGACUGCACACCCUGAUCGCUCACUCCAACCACAUCAGCGUCUUCCCAGAGAUACUCAACCUGCCAGAGAUCAAGUUGGUGGAUCUAAGCUGUAACGAGCUGACAGAGAUUCUCUUGCCUGAUUCGCUGUCCCCAACUCUCCAAGAACUGGACCUGAGUGGGAACACCAACCUCAUCCUGGAGCACAAGACCCUCAACAUUUUUAGCCAUAUUGCCACUCUGAAACUGGAUCAGAAGCCUUUGAUGUCGGCAGCAGAGUCCAUGGGCUCCCCGACGCUUUGGAACCAUGGAUACUCUGAAAUGACCGGCCAGAGGAACAAGCUAUGUGUGUCUGUGCUGGCAGUGGAUAGUUUCGGGGACAGCGUGGAGGCAGCUUAUGGGAUCUUCGACGGAGAUCGCAAUGAGGAGGUCCCACGUCUGCUGCAGUGCACCAUGGGAGAUGUGCUGUCAGAGGAGAUCCAGCACUCUAGCAUUGACACUGUCUAUAUGAGCAACACCUUCCUCAGCUCACAUCGGAAACUGGGAAUGGCUGGUCAGAAGCUGGGGGCUUCAGCCCUUCUCUGCUACAUCCAACACAAUGCUGGUGACCCUGGCAGCUAUUUCAGCCUGACCUUGGCCAAUGUGGGCACGUGCCAAGCCGUGCUGUGCCGGGAUGGGCAACCCCUGCCACUCUCCAGGGUCUUCAGCCUAGAGCAAAGCGCCGAGGAGACAGAGCGGGUCAAACUGAGCAAGGCCAUCAUUACAGAGGACAACAAGGUGAGCGGAGUGACGUGUUGCUCCCGCCUGCUGGGCUGCUCCUACCUGUCUCCCUGGGUUCUCCCUAAACCCUGGGUGCAGACCGAGCCCCUGUGUGCCCAGGACGAGUUCCUGAUUCUGGGGAACCGGGCCCUGUUCGAGCGGAUCUCCUACCAAGAGGCUGUGUGCACCGUGCAGGCGGUCCGAGACCCGCGGGCUGCUGCUAAAAAGCUGUGCACCCUGGCCCAGAGCUAUGGUUGCCGGGACAAUGUGGGCGCCGUUGUGGUGUCCCUUCAUAUCGGGGAGGACAGCUGCACCUGUGAGCUCCCCCUGGCUACUGCAGCGGGCGGAGGAGGAGGGAGGAUCUAUCCCACUGCUAUGCUUCUGGGGGAUCCUGCAACCCCUUCCACUAGCAGCGGCAUAGCAUCAGAGUUCAACAGCGAAAUGUCUGCCUCAGAGGUAGGGAGUGAGGCUGGGUCGAUCGCCUCAGACGAAAACCCUGUUGCUGGACUAGCCUCCAGACCAGAGCGCCGAUGCAGCCUCCAUCCGACAGUUUGUGCAAUUGGAGGAUUUGGAGGUGCAGGCAACAAUCUGGGGCUGUUUCAGAGGCAGCCCUCCUGCGCCACCUUCUCCAGUAACCAGUCAGACAACGGGCUGGACAGUGACGACGAGGCCCCACUAGAUGGCGUCAUUACCAAUGGGAGCAAGCUGGAAGUGGAGGUGGAUAUCCACUGCUGUGCGUUCCGGCUGAAGGGUGGAGCUCCCGAGGGGAAUGGGGGGCAGGAGUCUGUAGAGGAGCGGCGAGGGUUCGCACUCCGGCUCUCGGAGGACAUAGGCAGCUGUGUCACAGCAGGGUUUGGGUGCAGGAUGCGUCGUCAAAACAGUGUGGUGGUGGCUGCUAACGGCUGCCUCCACACUGUGAGCAGUAAAGAGACUUCGGAUCUUCAAAAGUCCCUGUCCACCUCCAGUCUGUUUGGGAAGAAGCUGUCUAACGGCUCAGUGGUCACGGUAGAGGAGAGCCACAACCUCAUUGAAGUUGCCCUGGAGGCCCCCAAGAAGAAGUCAGGAUACUUUGCUGCCCCUGCCCAGCAGGACCCCGAGGACCAAUUGGUGGUGCCGCCUGGUUUAGAACGGGAUGUUCGGGAGCAGCUGAGACAUCCCAAUCCAAACCCUGGCCCCGCACCCGCUCAACCAGCUCCCAUCACGGGAGACCCAGACUGGGAUCAUCCCCAUCUAAAUAGCCAAAAGCAGCAGCUGCAGCAGCCUUGGGAUGACAGCGCCCUUGUACUACAGCAGGAGGUGUAUGACACAGCACUAUAGGGGGCAGCCAAACACACACAGAAAGAGACUGUGUGACACUCAAUGCUGGGCAGUUCUACUGUGUGUCAUUCCAGUCCAAGGUUUUGUUGCAAUCAGGUUUUUGUUGUUAGUGCUUCCAGUGCCAUAUAUUUUGGUAAAAAAUUAAGGAUGGGGGCCAAGACCAGAAUGAGUGCAAUUACCAAAGUGAUAAAUGUGUCAGAUUUUACGUGUUUCCUGAUGGAAAAAGUGUGCCACAGAUAAAAUGGUAUAAGAUGUGAGUGUGAUAUUUUGCGCUGUAGAAUAUUUGUGGCUGGGUUCAAAUAAAAACCUGCACUGGAAUGGCCCCAUGGUGAUAGAUUUGGCCAUCAAUGAUUGUCACUUCACCCGCAAAGAUGGAAGGAGAGUAUAUGAAAGUAUAGAAGGGUUGCCUUUGUACAAUAAAGUAGUAAGUCAUUCCUACAAUGUUGUCAAAGAUGACCUAGGCAGAACAGCCCAGGCUAUAGCAAGGCUGUCUGGGGAAAGACAAAUUUUAUUUAUGGAACUCUGUGUGGGGUGGAUUAAAAAGCUUUACUUAAACCAUAGCACUAGAAACCCUUUAAUAUUCAAAUAAAAAUACUCUGACAACUUUUAACUGUUUGAGAAAAUAAAUCUUAAAGCAUAGAGAUGUUAAUAUAUUAAAUUCAUAGUAUAUUUUUACCUACUGAUGCAAGAAAGGUGUAUUAGUACUGUAUGUAAAUUGUGAUAAGGGUACGCAUGGUAUUAAGAAAAUAUUUUAAGAUGUACACAUUUCAUAUGUAUUAGUUCAUGUCUUUAGUAAUUAUCAUUUUAAGUAGAGAGGAUGGAGAGAAUGUCCCACAUUUACUAUAAGAUACUGCGAAAGGAGUAUACAAAACCCAAAGCCAUUGAUUAUUUGUGUAUACAGUACCCAAAGGGCUGGUUUUUCAAAAUUUGUAAUCUGGAUCAAAGUGUUCCGGAUUUUGUAAUCUAUAUUUCUUGAUCGAGAUUCCUUUAAAAAAAAAAAAAAAAAAAAAAAAAAAAAAAAAAAAUAAUCAUAAUUAAAAUUCAUAAUCAUAAUUAUUUGCUUAAUCUUAAUACAGCAGUGACAUUUUCUCUAAAGCCGGAUCAGAACGAUCCAGAUAAAAGUAAUCUCGAUCACAAAAUAUAGUGGAUUCCAAAAUCCAGGACACUUUGAUCCAAGGUACAGGUUUUGAAAAACCAGCCACAGGGGUGUGAGAGAAUGGCUUUUUUAAUGCAAAUAUAAAACUGAGCAACAGUGACAUCUACUGGCAAGAUGCAUGCAUCACUGGGAUUGCUGGGGAUUCUUUUGCUCCUUGACAAUGAUAUUUUACACAGAUCUUAAAGUGAAAGUUCACAUACCCUUGUAAUUAUCAGAUUACGAGAAUUUUUUUUCUGUGACAGCAAAAAGAAUUGGGUUUUAGAAGUGCAGCGUUCCACAGGGUUUUAAGAAUAAUUGUAAAUAUUGAAUGUAGUGAUGCUGGUACAGUUAGAACGGAGUACCAGUAGACCAUGUGAAGCACUGUUCUGUGUUGGAACUAGUUCCAAGAGCAUGAUUGUGGGACACCGCAGUUUUAAAAGAAAGGGCUGGAUCCUUGAUAAAUUGUCCUAGCCAGAUUUACUGUCAUCCAUAUAUAGUUACUGUAAACCCCUUUAUGACUGGCCUCUCUUUUAUCUUACAGUAUAUUCAGUAACCCUUUCUAAGUGUGGUGGUAUCAAUCAAAUACCUCUCUCAACUCCUGCACGUUUCCAUUGAGAUGGUAUGUGCAAAUUCAACAUAAUGUCGGGUAUAUGAAAAAAGCAUUGUUAAACUGUAAUGUGAUGCAGUAUUCAUAGCCACUACUGCAAUCGUGUGAAGAGUGACAGAAUUGCACUGCAUGUGAGUGAUCUGCAUAUACAGGCUGCCGUUCAUAGAGCUCACUGACACUUGAGUUUGAGACGGUCUGAAAUUUGUCAGUCUGUCCAUAAACCUGACUGAAAGUGGUUUAUUUGUUAUUUAUAUACCGAUAGAACAUUUGAAACAGAUAAUCCAUUUUAUAAGGUGUAACAAAGGUCCUAUAUCUAUCAAACUUCGGGGUUAACAAUUUCACGACUCAGAUCGCUGUCAGUGUUCGUUGCUUGUUCUCAUUAACUAUUAUCGGUACACAAAAAUAAGGAGGUGUUAAUAUCCAAACUAAAGUGUUUACAUUUUUUUUUUAUAUCAUCUCCAUUAUGAAUAGAUUAUAAAAUAACAUUAUUUUAAGAUGCUGUUAUUUGAGUAUCAUCGUGUUUCAUAAACAGCCUACGAGUGUGGAUUUGUCAGUGAUUGGAUGUGGGUUUAGUCUAGAACACCUCUCUGUACUUUGAUAUCAUGAACAAUUUAGAGUACAUAACUGAGGACAGCGAUUUUAUUUUUGUUAAUGCAUGAGAUCAAACACUGUCGAAGCACUUUGUAUAUAUUUUAAUUUUAUAUAUAUAUAUAUAUAUAUAUAUAUAUAUAUAUAUAUAUAUAUAUAUAUAUAUAUAUAUAAAUCAAAUAUUUAUACAAAUGCACAUUAAGAUUGUUGUGGCUUUUAUUGGUCACUUAGAUUUGCUAAAUCUUCUCUAAGAGAAAGCAGCCAAUCAAGCUAAUGUUUACUGUAAAUGAGCCAAUUGUUUGUUGUUUUUUUAUUGUGUACAUGUGUGUAUUUGCACAUGGAUUGCAUUUUCUCCAGUGCGGUUUACUGUAAUACUCAAUAAAGAAACUGUCGUGUUGGUAUUCCCCAUUGUUCUCUUGAACAGUUCUCAUUCUAUAUAGGGACAAGAUGGGGCAAGCUGCAAAAAGUUUGACUUAUUCCAAAUUGAAAGUCUGGAAGAAAAAGGUUCAUUUUCUAUAAAAGUAACCCUGUAAUAUAGAGGGUGUCUGUCAUUUGUAUAUUCAGAAUUUAUACACCGUGGCCUAGAACUAUGGAGAUAUUUGGGGAGGGGAGGCAUUUAGAUUGCUUCUUGUUUACUGUCAAGUUCUAUCUCAUUUAAUUGUACCAAAAAGAUUACAUGCGUUCAUGCUUUCUGCAAAUCAAUAUCCUAAAUUUAAUGUGGUAGAAAAGUGAAGUAAGUAAAAAAACAAACAAAAAAAACAGAAAAUCAUUGUAGCUAAUCAGGAACAUAUGAUAAAAGUAACAUGCAUAAAGUUUAAUGGAAUACUGUGAAUUUUAAGUUAGAAGUUAUCCUUCUAUAGUUGAAGUCCACUUCCUACGUUUUGAACUUCAGGCCUGUACAAACUGUACAGGAUAUAAUGUGCCCUAUAACCACACAUGUGAAAAGUACAAUUCUUGAAUAAGAAACAAUAUAGUAUAUAUACUCUGUGCAUAUAUGCUUUUAACAUACAGGAGCUUCAGAGCGGUUUUAAAAUGGGGGGGGGGGGGGGGGAAUGUACUUGUUGUUUGUGUACAAUUAUAAAAAAAUGUUUAAAAAUAAAAGCUAUAUUGCAUCUUAAAAACAGUGCUUAAACAGUGACCAAAGUUGUUCAAUUUUGUUUUUUUGUAGAGAUGCUUAAAUAUUUUUUUUCUGUAAGCCAACAAAGUUGAGGAUUAUUUUUGUACUUCACGAUCUCAUACAGGUGUAUAGGUCCACUUCUUUAGCUGAAUGUAGGGUUUAAUUAAGUUGAGGAAAUGUUUAGGUGAUAUGUGUUUUUAUCAAGCUGAACUUCCUAAGUGCUGAAGCGAUGAUUUUUUUUUUUUUUUUUUUUUUUUAAUACACAUUUUUUUAAUAUAUUGUGAUCCAUCUUGGUAAGUAACUUCAGGUUUAAGUUUUCUCAUUAUUUGUUGUUCAUAUGAAAUUCUAAUUAUUAAUGUAUUUAAUGUUUCAGGCAUGUCAUACAUGUGAUUAAUUUGUACAAAGUUUAUGUUUAUAUUAUAAGAAGGUAUUGUUUUAAAUAACUGAAGCAUACAAGAUAUUUUUAUGUUUUUAUAUUUUAGCAUGCAGAUAUACUGCUUAAUAUAUUUGUCUUCUGUAUUGGGUGCCAUUCGUUUACAGAAUUUUUUUUUUUUUUUUUUUAAGAAAUUGAGAGCAUUGCUGUUCCACAGCCUGGAUUUGCUUUCCUUGUGUCUGGGGAGCAGAUGAUGGAUCAUGA